AUGUUUUCGGCGUCGGGGCCAUUUCCACCUCCAGCGUUCCACUGCAGAGUUUGUCCUUCAGGCACCUCUCCCUCUCUCUAUAUAUUUGCCCUUUUUUCUCUAAGCCUUCCAGAAACAAUGUUGGCCGCUAAAACCCUUCCGCUGAUUUCGCCUCUGUCGACACCUCCAAAAAUAUCUGAUGAUUUUUCACUAUUAUUCAACAGUUCCGUUCCUGUCACGAAACGUAAUGGAAAAAGCAAAAUCACAUGCCUAAGUUCAUCUUCGCAGUCGGUAAUUGCGCCGGAAAUAGGUACCCAAUCCACCCCGGCUCAAACUCGGGUCAAGAUUUUAUCUGAAGCACUACCCUUUAUUCAAAAAUUCCGUGGCAAGACUAUAGUAGUUAAAUAUGGAGGAGCUGCAAUGAAGUCCGAGGCACUCCAGGCUUCUGUAAUUGCCGAUAUUGUCCUCCUCUCCUGUGUCGGCAUUCGCAUUGUUUUUGUGCAUGGUGGUGGGCCAGAGAUCAACCAGUGGCUAGGAAAACUCAGCAUCAAGCCCAAUUUCCUCAAUGGCCUUAGAGUCACCGAUGCCUCCACUAUGGAAAUUGUGUCAAUGGUGUUGGUUGGUAAAGUGAAUAAACAUCUCGUUGCUUUGAUCAACAAAGCUGGUGCAACUGCAGUUGGCUUAUCUGGAAUUGAUGGUCGGAUUUUGACAGCCCGGCCAUCUCCCAAAGCUGCGCAACUUGGGUUUGUGGGGGACAUUGCCAGUAUUGAUCCCUCUAUAAUCCUGCCACUUGUGGAUAAUAACCAUAUCCCAGUGAUUGCCUCUGUAGCAGCUGAUGCAACGGGACAGCCGUAUAAUAUUAAUGCCGACACAGCAGCUGGCGAGCUUGCAGCAGCUUUGGGUGCGGAGAAGUUGAUUCUAUUGACAGACGUCGCGGGAAUACUUGAGGAUCGUGAUGAUCCAGGGAGCUUGGUGAAGGAGAUUGAUAUCAAAGGGGUGAAGAAGAUGGUGGAGGAUGGGACGAUUGCAGGUGGGAUGAUCCCCAAGGUGAACUGCUGUGUGAGGUCUCUGGCUCAAGGUGUUAGGACAGCUAGUAUUAUUGAUGGGCGGCUGGAGCAUUCACUACUUCUUGAGAUUCUCACUGAUGAAGGGGCUGGAACGAUGAUCACUGGUUAG